CAUUAGGAAAACCAGCUAAAGAAAUUUGGUCUGAUUUGUCUACUAUGCUUCCAAAAUUAAACAGAGUAAGAGCAUCAGGCAAAGGCCUACAUGAAGAUGAUUAUUAUAUAGUACAACAACGUGAUAGCUAUAAAGAAGAAACAUACAUUAACUACUCAUUUAGUCCAAUUUAUAAACUAGAUGGUACAGUAUGGGGUAUAAUUAAUAUAGUACAUGAAGUCACUGAAAAGGUCUUAAAUAAUCGAAGAAUAAAAACUCUCAGCAACCUUUCACUCCAAACUGCUGGUGCCGAGUCCUUAGAAAAUGCAUGCCGUAUUAUAAUGAAAACAUUACAAAAUAAUAAAGAUAUUCC